AUGACUACAACAUGGGCAAGAAGGAGAAUUGAAAUCUUGCUAAAAAUAAUGAAACAGUUAAAAGAGAAAGAAGGAAUGGUCAAUAAUGCUGAUGAUGUUAUGGUUUUGAUUAUUGCCGACUGUGAAGAAGAUGCUGUUGCUUUACUAAAGGAUUUGGAUUAUUUGUUCAACCCAAUUUUUGAAUUGAAAGGUGAAGAAUUGCCUCCAGAGAUAAAGAAAGAUGAGGAGCUGAUGCAAUCUACAGAAUCGUUUUGGGUAUAUGAUUGUAGUGUAAUCGGCGUGAAUUUACUAUUCUGCGGAAUAUUUAUCCAUCCACGCUUUACCAAGUGCCAUUUGGAUACACUAGGAAUAUUGUCUUUUGCCCAUCUGAAGGCAAACUAUUUGGUGGUUGAUGUACCUGUUAGAAAAGUCACCUACCAUAACUGGAUCAUAUACUUGUAUCCUCUAGUCUUACUGCCUGCCAAUUUUCAUGUGAAAAUCUCAUAUAGAGUAGAAGAGAUUGGACUGUAUGUAGCUAAAGAUUUGGAAUUAGAACACGAGGUACAAAAAACAUGUGAAAAAAUAUCUGAAAACUUGCAUAUUAUUGCUAAUGAACCUUCCCUUGCAUGUUAUCGACUUCAGGAACACAUACACAAAUCCCUACCUCAAAUGGUAGAGAUAAGGCAAGAAGCUAAUCAGGUGAAUGAAGAUUUACAGGGAAAAUGCUUUGAUUUAGAUUAUUCUUUGAGUGCUGUAAAUUCCAUGCAUGGGAGUCUGCAUCAUUUUCAGAAUAUUUUUGAGCUUUUGAGAAACUGUGUGUUUAUGAAACAACAGCUCGAUUACAAAGAAUCUGGUGGUUCAGAAAAGAAAACAUUAGUAAAGGACCAGCAUUUCUCAGGAUCCUUUGACCACACCUCUUCAGUUCUCCCAAACCUUCCUACUGGGCUAAGGUACUCUGCUUCUGCUGAUCUCAGAUCUUCUACGUAUAAUCCUUCUCAGAAACCACAGACUUCUCAACACUAGUCAAUAUUAUCAUCAUCUGCCCAGUAAGCUUUGUCUCAUGAUCUUUUGUCAUCCAUACUCUCCCUGCAGUCAACCACUGAUGGCAAAAGUCAGCAAGUAGAGAUACCUCCUUGCCAAAGAGAUAAUUAAGUUUAUGUUGAAUAAAACUGAUUUAUAAUGUCAUAAACACUAUGAAUAACAUUUGCAUGUGAUAUGGUAACACAUUUGAUAGGAUUACCAUUUUGUAAAUUGGAACCAUUGCCUUGAACAAUUGUUUAAAAUAAAUAUUAGUAAAGAAAAAAAUUCAAAUUUCCUUAUAUGAAUGUGGUUCUUCUGUCACACUUAAUUAUGUUUCUCUAAAGAAUUUAGUGAUAGGAUUAAUUUUGCAAUAUGAUUAAUAAGGUUUUAUUGUACACAUUUAUGUGUAACUGUUGUAUUAAACACCAACUUGUUUAUAAUUAUUGUUCUUUAAAUUGAGGUGUAUUUAAAAUGGUUUUACAAUAUAUUUCUUCAUAAUUUGAUACACUUAACUUUCUGUACUUGGUUUCAGUUUACUUUAGGGCAAUAUUGAGUGUAGUAUAAUAGUUUACGUUAUAGUAAUAUUGAGUCCUGGGUAAUGGUUUGAUACAUUUAACUUUCUGUUAUUGUUUCAGUUUACUUUAUGGUAAUAUUGAGUGUUGGAUAAUGGUUUGAUACACUUAACUUUCUGUUAUUGUUUCAGUUUACUUUAUGGUAACUAUUUUGUUACUAUGAAUAAAACUGAGUAAAAGAAGUUAAGUAUUUUUCUAAAUACAGUAAUACUUUAACACAUUAAGGACUCAAUCACUUUUUUAAACUGUGUUUUGAUUUAAACUUUCAUAUUACAGUAUGUGAAAGAAACAGCUGUGGUCAGUAUGAGGUAUUUUUACAAGAUUUCACUCUUAAGAUAAAAUGACUGAUAUAUGCAUGUUUGAAAAUAUAAAAGUAACAAAUUAUUUGUUUCAUGUAUGUUGUGUGUUAACAAUAGUCUAACAACUGUUGCUAACUGAAACAACUACUGAAGUCUAAGGGAAGCAUAUUGUUAAUAUCAUAAAAUAAACUAUAUUUUUCAUGAUGUUCUUGAAUUUAAAUGUGAAAAAUGUUAUAUACAAUAUGAGGGUUAUCUAGUUGCAUAUUUACAAUAAGUCUCGUUCUUAUUAGUUGUAAAUUAAAAUUUUAAAAUCA